AUGGCUUCUGAAGCAUCGCGUCCAGUGUCACCGACACCUUCACAGCUACCGCCUGUCCCCGGAUCGCCCGUCUAUUCUCUUGCAUCGACCGCGAACCCUCUAUCUUCAUUCAACCUACCACUCCCGCCACCUCCCCGAUCUUCACAUGCUGUCCUCACAAAAGCCGACCUUGAAAACUCUCAGCAAGCUUAUUCCGAUCUCGUCGCCUCAGCAAAGUCAUACCGUCUCGCUCUUGCUGCGCUAUCAACCGCUGCCUCAACAUUCGGUUCAGCGCUCGAAGCAUGUGCCAGAUUAAAAGAGGCUCGCGCUGAGCCUAUUGGCCCUUCUGGAUCGACAAACAUGACGGCUAGCUUCUCGACCAAGGGCUCCUGCACCGCUGAUAUGCUCAUGUCCGCUUCUGGAGUGCAUCACCUAGUAGCAAACCACCAACAGAUUCUCUCCGAGACCGUAUACCGAUCCUUCGAAGUGCCGCUUCUCCAUGACCUGGACAAGUGGCAGACCGUUAUUGACGAUGAGGAGGAGACGUACAAGCACAAUAUCAAAGCCCAAACCCGAGAGAUCAAACGAUUGGAAAAAGAGGGCAUGAAACUACACAAACAGCGAAGACGAGAUGUUGGACGAUUUAGAGCCCAUUUGGUAGACUUGACUACGAAAUUGGACGGGUUGACGACGCUACAUGCCGAUCAUGCACGAACGCUACUGAGAGAAAGUCAAGAAACAAGUGGUAGAAUUGUUGAUGCAAGCUGUAGUCUGGUACGUGCAGAGGUGGACAUUUUCGAAAGUCUCGCAAGGAAAGGCUGGAGCGGAGGCGGUCUGGACGACCUCCUGGAGAAGGGCCAAGAUUUAUUCGCAACAGAGGAAGACAACACAACCCUGGGUAGUGUCGGUAGUGGCGACACGCCAAAGCUCUUUUCUAUCCUCCCACCGAAAAGCAUACUUGCCGAUUCAGGAGCAGAGGCAUCGAGGAGUUACACUAGAGGCGAUAGUCUCCUGAUGGAUACGGAACGUUAUCAGUCUCUAGCUGCAUUGGCCUCAGAUAUGCGACCCAGCGGUGGAGGGGGCGGCGAUACUGACAGCGUCUUCUCGACAGACUUCAAUAAGCCUCGAAACGCAAGACCGUUUUCACCACAGCCUAUUCGGCGGAUUCCAACAGACGUGACCUACGACUCGCUAAGUGGUCGGGCAAACGAAGACGACGAGUUAGAUAGAUCGGAAUUUCUUCUUCCUGUGGCGGAAGCAGAUGUUGGACCUGAGGAGACGCAAAACGGAGACAGACAGUGUGAUGAUCCAGAACAUGAUAUUGCUGUGGAGCAAGAGGAGGAACCAAGAGGGCGAUCCGCGUCGCCUGCUUCAGUGAAGAAAAGGCCAAAGUCACCAGGACUUAUCACAGACGCAAGCUCGGCGGCUGCGUGGAGCGGUGACGAAGAUAGAAGUCCAAGUUAA